ACAAGACAAACCAAAUGAAUGGCCAAAGAAAAUUACACUGUGGUUACAGAGUUCCUCCUUUUAGGACUGACAGACCGUGAAGAAUUAAAAGUUUUUCUCUUUUUGCUUUUCCUGGUGAUAUAUAUAAUUUCAUUGGUAGGAAAUCUUGGCAUGAUUAUAUUAAUUCAAAUCACUCCUAAGCUUCACACUCCUAUGUAUUUUUUCCUCAGCUGUCUAUCAUUUGUUGAUGCUUGCUAUUGUUCUGUUUUUGGACCAAAAAUGCUCAUGAAUUUCUUUAAGGAGAAGGCCACUAUAUCAUUCAAUGCUUGUAUAGUGCAAUAUUUUUUAUUUGUGGUCCUUCUCACCACUGAGGGCUUUUUCCUAGCAGUGAUGGCAUAUGACCGCUAUGUGGCAAUUGCUAAUCCACUGCUUUACAUGGUGGUCAUGACCAAAAGAGUAUGUAUAAUCCUGGUUAUUGGGUCAUGUAUAGGGGGAAUGAUUAAUUCAUUAACCCAUACAAUAGGUUUAGUCAGAUUAUCCUUCUGUGGACCAAAUAUAAUCAGUCAUUUCUUCUGUGAUUUGCCACCAUUGCUAAAGCUCUCUUGUUCUGACACUUCCAGAAAUGAGUUGUUGCUCCUGAUAUUCUCUGGUAUAAUUGCUAUAAUCACUUUCUUGACUGUGAUCAUCUCUUAUAUUUUCAUUGUUGUUGCCAUCCUCAGGAUCCGCUCAGCAGCUGGGAGAUAUAAAGCCUUCUCCACCUGUGCUUCCCACUUGACAGCUGUUACCUUGUUUUAUGGCUCCAUAAGCUUUAGUUACAUUCAGCCAAGUUCCCAAUAUUCCCUAGAACAAGAAAAAGUUGUUUCAGUAUUUUACACCAUGGUAAUCCCAAUGAUGAACCCUCUGAUCUAUAGCCUAAGGAACAAGGAAGUCAAGGAUGCUGUGAAAAGGGCAAUAGAAUUGAAACCAUCUUUUUUUUAA